AUGACUGAGCGGGGGGAAGGGGCGGGGCUGAUGGGGGCGGGGCCUGUUUCUCCUCCGGCGGAGCGCCCUGCCGCACCAGCUCGGGGCGGAACCAGCGAGACGGGAGCCCAGAGCGGCCGGGCCGGGCCCCUCCCGCCGCGCAGCCCCGCCCGCUCUAUGGUUCCGCGCACCGCUCUGGCCUCGCGUCUCGCUGCUCCCGGCUCGGAGUCCGCCACGGGCAGAGCGAGCGGGUUGGCUCAUGGAGCCCCCCGACGCCCGCUGAGCCCGGCGAUGGAUGGCGCCGCGCCCCCUUCCCGCAGCCCCGGCCCGCUGCUGGCCCUGGCUCUGGCGCUGGCGCUGAGCGGGGCCCGCUGGGCCGGCGCCGGAGACUGCAAGGGGCAGCGCCAGGUGCUGCGGGGCCCCGAGGGGUUCGUCAGCGACGGGCCGGGCAACUACUCUGUGAACGGGAACUGCGAGUGGCUGAUAGAAGCCCCCAGCAGCCGGCACCACCCGUGCUUGCAUGCUGAGGAGAGGAACCUGGAUGCCCUGGACGCCAAUCAUGCCCUGGCAUGUACCAAGCCCUUCCGCAGGCCGACCCAGCUCUUCAUGGCGACAGCAGGCGGGAGGAAGGGGCUCCUGGCGUCCUCGCAGAGGAUCUCCAACUGGAUCACCUCCUGCAUCCGUACCCGUUAUGGGCAGGCCCGGGUCCAGCUGCCGCCGUCAGACGUUGGCAGGGUCGCGUCGUGGUCCUCGGUUCACAUGUUCCCGGUGCAUUACGCCGUCACCCAGCAGGCCAGGGCCGAUGCUGGGCGCGGCAGAGGUGUGUUGUAA